CAGUGGCCUGGAGCAUGCUCAGUCCGCCUGGAGUCACUGGGCGGCGGCCGGCCACCACUCGCGGCCCCCGGACUCAGGCAAAGCCGCGGGCGCUCGCGGCCACCCUCCUCCUCCUCCUCCCCGCACCCCCCUCCCCCCGUCCCCCCCGCCCCUCCGCCUCCCCCCGCGGCGCGGCGCGCGCUCCCGGGCAUCCACAAGGGAGCUCAGCCGCCUCGCCUGCCCUCCCCGCCGCCUCCACCUCCUCCUCUUCCACCUCCUCCGGCUGCGGCGGGCGAGGACUCGUCCGGGGACAUAAAUAAAUAAAUAAUUCCAUUCACCCGGUGACAGCGUGGCGAACCGGCGGCGGCCGGCGGGGGACGGAUCGCUGCAGCGCCCACCCUGUGCCGGAAACCAGGUAAAUUGACCCUUGAACAGGGGUUUGAACUGCGCUGGUCCACUUCUACAGGGAUUUUUUUCAAUAAAUACAUACUAGAGCACUACACAACCUGUGGUUGGUUGAAUCUGUGGAUACGGAACCUUGGAUACAGAGGAACUGCAGGAGUCACUCUUAAGAUGUGAUGCUUUCCUGUGAAACCUUAGACACAGGAAUCUUGGAAACCAAAGGACUCUAGGACUCUGUGCCAAUAGAGCUGCUUUAUAAUCCAGAGUCUGCUCUACCUCUCUUCCUUUGUAUUGCCUUCAAAUAUCACACUUCAAGCAAUAGUGACAAAGCUUAACAAUAUCACACAGAAUCCAAAGAAAUCUGUUCAAGCGAGCAUCUGUCAACAGGUUACUUGAAUUUCAAGUAGAGGAGUGGAAAUGCCACCCCCAGCAGUCUCCCCACCGCUACAUCCACCUCCUGAUGGAGGAUGGGGCUGGGUAGUGGUUGGAGCAGCUUUUAUCUCCAUUGGAUUUUCAUAUGCAUUUCCCAAAGCUGUCACAGUUUUCUUCAAAGAAAUUCAGCUAAUAUUCAACGCUACCUACAGUGAAAUAGCAUGGAUAUCAUCCACUAUGCUAGCUGUUAUGUACGCAGGAGGUCCCGUAAGUAGUGUUUUGGUGAAUAAAUAUGGUAGCCGGCCAGUGGUGAUGGUAGGAGGUUUGUUAUGCUGUUUGGGAAUGGUCACAGCCUCUUUUAGUACCAGCGUAGUAGAGCUUUACAUCACCAUGGGAUUCAUUUGUGGUUUAGGUCUAGCCUUCAACCUGCAGCCCGCCUUAACAAUCCUUGGCAAGUACUUCUAUAAGAAACGGCCUAUGGCGAGUGGCCUUGCAAUGGCAGGAAGUCCUGUUUUCCUAAGUACACUGGCUCCUUUCAAUCAGUACCUCUUUAAUACUUAUGGCUGGAAAGGAAGCUUCUUGAUUUUGGGAGGUUUAUUGUUGAACUCCUGUGUGGCUGGGUCCCUUAUGAGACCUGUUGGACCCAAACUAACUACUAAGAAGUCUAAAAAUAAGGUUGGUGUAAGAGCGACUGAUCCAGGCAUGAAGAAAAAACAUAAGAAGAAAUCAAUAUGGGCAAAAAUUGAUAAGUAUUUAGAUUUCUCCCUUUUUAAGCAUAGGGGAUUUCUGAUAUACUUAUCUGGAAAUGUCAUUAUGUUUCUGGGGUUCUUUGCCCCCAUUAUAUUCUUGGCUCCAUAUGCUAAAGACAAAGGAAUUGAUGAAUAUUCUGCAGCUUUCUUGCUGUCUGUUAUGGCUUUUGUUGAUAUGUUUGCCCGACCUACUGUAGGAUUCAUUGCAAACUCCAAAUUAAUCCGACCCCGAAUCCAGUACUUCUUCAGUUUUGCGGUUUUGUUCAAUGGAUUGUGUCAUCUCUUAUGCCCGUUGGCUGAGGACUACCCAAGCCUGGUGGUGUAUGCUGUAUUUUUUGGCCUUGGAUUUGGGAGUGUUAGCAGUAUCCUCUUUGAAAGUCUCAUGGACCUUGUUGGUGCUCAAAGAUUUUCCAGUGCUGUGGGUCUCGUCACAGUUGUGGAGUGUUGCCCCGUCCUUCUUGGUCCUCCUCUUGCUGGUAAAUUGGUGGAUGAAACUGGACAAUAUAAAUACAUGUAUGUGGCCUGUGGGGCUAUUGUGGUCCUAGCCAGCAUGUGGCUGCUCAUUGGCAAUGCUAUCAACUACAGGCUGCUCGCAAAGGAAAAGAAGUUGAAAGAGACAACGAAGAAAAUACAUACACCUGAGUCCCGAGAAUCUGAAUCCUUGAAGACAUCUAAAAGUCAUGAUGUUAUUGUCAAAAGUAUCAAAAGUCAAAAGUCAAAAGGAUCAGGGGUUAAUCCCUCAGAAAGAGAAACUAAUAUUUAACAAGAAUCACAUCUCUGAUUUCAGUGUGUAUGACUUUCUUAGGAGUAUUUUUUUUUUCAACAUAUUAGAAGGUUUUUAGUUGAAAUGAGGAGUCAUAAUUAAGGAUGGAAAAGAGAUUUUCCUUAAUGGCAAAAUUUUAAAAACUUUGUUUUUUAAAACUUAUUUGGGCAGUUAAAUUUUGAGAUCAUGCAUAUAAAGAAUUCAUGAAGUGGGCUUAUUUCCAUACAUGACUCUGGUUGUGGUGGUUAAAAUGAUUUUAAAGUCUUCCAGUGACUUCCAGUCUUGGUUAUAGAGAUCUGAAUCCCAAACCACUGGUUUAAGUAGUUAGAAGGAGUAUGUUUAAUCCUGUAAGAAUAUCCUCUCCACAUUUCAUUUUUUAUUUGAUAUUAAAGUGUGAAAUGGAAUUGAAGGAAAUGAAUUUUUCCCAAACAUACACACACUGACUUUCACACACUUAAGAACAAGCACACAGGGCAUCUGGAGAAAAAAGACAAGUUCAAAAAGAAUAUUAUCACUGUAUUUUUUUAAAUCCAUGGAGAAUAAAGAAAUGUGUUAUAUCUGCAUACUACUUUACAGUGUGGAUUUUAAAGAUAAGACCAUGGGUGAAAAUGAGGGUGGCCUUAAUUUGAAAAUACACCUAACUGCUAUAAAAAAAAAAAACAUGCAUAUAUGAAAUAAAUUUGAAAAGACUCCAUUUUAAACCAUUAUUUCUGAGCACUGUCCGACUUGAUUCAUGCAUGCACAUGAUAUCUUUGAGGAGGACCACCAGUAUCUGGUGCUAGUGAAUAAAACCCUCAAAUAAUUUUCAGAAUUUACUAAUAUGUAAAUCAAAUUAAAAGCCUAAAUGACUCCUAGCAAUGAGCUGUCUAUUGAUUUUAAAAGGAUUUUAGUUAGUAAUCCGGAAAGUAAUAACCAGGGACUUCUUUUAACCAAACUCAAUCCAGACUCGCUGUUAUACUGAGACAUCAAAGUGGAAUCAACCGGAAUCCUGGGUGACAGGCUUACAUAUAGGCAAAAUUUUAAUUUUUCCCAACAUAUAGUGGUGAUCAGAGGGUUAUUGUUAUGAGUAAUCCAUCUGAGUAAAGCUAACAGUGGGAGGUGCUUAUAGUGAGCCCUCCAAGCUCUCUCAUUUCCCUCUCCUCCAUGACAAGCAAAAGCAAAACACAGAAAUCCAAACAGGCUUUUUGCUCAGCCACUGAAAAUAUCUCAUAUUAUAGGAAAGGUAGCACUUGAAAAUUCCACCCUCUACCGAUAAGCUUUCCUGCUGCCUGCGAGCAUAACUAAACCAGGAGACUUAAAAACGGCUUCUAGAACUGGAGGUUGUGUAUGAUUUGAUAUAUACUUGGAAAGUGUAGAUUUAGUCUAUAACUUGAUAGAAAGAAGCCUGCAACAUGCCAACCCAGGUUAAUUUAGCAGUUUCUCAUUUUCAUAACUAUGUGAAAACAUCUGGGACUGAAUCACUCUUGAAUACAGAGGCAUAUGAUAGAUCUGUGCAUUCAGAACUAUAAAUACCAUUUUGAGUAAGUACUUUUAAACAAGAAAGAGUUUAUACAUUAGGUAUAAAGUUAUAAAUAUUCACCUUUAUAAAUCUGAAGUUUAAAUUAAGGUCAUGAUUAAUAAAAAGAAUUUAGUGCUUGAUUAUUGAAAUAAUGUCAUUCUUAAGAUGUCAAAAGGAAUUUGCCGUUCUUCUUACUAUUAUUAUUCCAGUGGAGGCAGGUGCUAUUCUUAUUUCCUUUAGGAUUGCACUUGGAUUCCAAGCUUUUGUGAUAGUUAACACUAGGGAUUUGAUUUGUAAACUUUAGGCACUGUUUGAGCAUGUGGCUCAUGUUUAGCAAUCUAUAAAAACUUCCAUAUUUCAAUUAAUAGUCACUUUUUUGCAUAGAGAAAGGUGUUUGUAUUUUUAAAAUAUUAACUAAAACAAUAUGUGCCAAUACCAUAGGUAAAUAAACCAGGGAAAAUGUGACAAUAUAUAGUUGUUCUUAAUUUAGUUUCACCCAAUCUUGAGUCUUGAAUGAGCUAUUUUCAUAUUAUUAGUGUUUGUAUUCAACUCUGACUUGUCAUAAGAAGUGUGACAUCAUAAAUUGUUCAGUAGCUUUCCAAUCUUAAAUGUUUCCAAAAAAGUGCCUUGAAUUCUCUGAAGAUACAUAUUUAAAUUAAUAUAGAUAAUAGACCUCUGGGACAAGUAAUGAUCAUGGGGUUUUAGGGCUAAGGCAUAGUCCUUUUUAUCACCUGCUGGUGGGUGCAUUCCAGUGGCUUUCUCCAUGGAAGGAGGUUUAUUUACUUGCUGCUGAGGUUCUUGUCAAGUCAAAACCAAUUUGUAUUUGUUCUAUUGCUCUUUGAUCAUCUUCUUUAACUUUUCAUUUCUAACACUGAUUAUAUUAAAUUGUUAAAAAAGAAAGGGAAGUGAAAUUGCACAUUCAAAGCACAUGACAUGAUGUAUACAGUCAUGCCUGGCAGUAGCACUGCACAAAGUUACAAAUAUGGAUGCAUCUUAAUUCCUAUACAUAAAUGUUGAAAGUUAAAUCACAACACACUUGAAACAGUGAUAUAAACUCACACACAGUUUUCAGAAUUGUUUCAGGGUAAAAUAAAUGUUUCAAGUUGUUUACUCUCCCAAAUCCCUUGAACUUGUUAGAAUAUUUGUUGCUUGAACAGAAUCUUUCAGAGAUUGAGAAGAAAAUAUCAACCUAGAACACUUAUUAUUAUAAAGUUGCCUAAAUGAAGGAGAAAAUAUAGUUGGCUUUCUGCAACAAUCAGUGAUUAGUCAUAAAGUAUUUCUUCCUCAAGGGAAUGACAGGUUUUAGAUGGUCAAGAUGAAGCAUGAAGCAAAGUCAGAAACCAUUAAAAUACCUUUUAGUCCAUUUUUCUGUUAUGGAAUUGUGCAGAAGGAAGGUUAUCAUAAACCUGGGUACCAAAAUAAUUCAUGAUCACUGGCUAGUUUAAGUAUUUUUCCAUUUGUGAUAACAAGACCCCUCGUAUUUUUCACCAUUUAAUCUUAAAUGUUCCUUCACUAAUUUAUGAAUGCAAUAUGGGAUAUAGACAUGUCCUGACACAUGCCCAUCCUCUUUCUUGAUCCUUUUUGGAGCCAACCAGCACACAUUUAAGAGGCAGUUGGGUCAGGUUCUGGUGUGCUUCACAUUAGAAGACAGGAUGUUUUCUCAGUGUAAAUUGACAUGGCUCAUAAAUUUCACUUCUUUAGUACCAAGUUCUAACCACCUUAUCUCAUGGGUCUCCCCUGGACACUAGGAAAUAAGUAAAAUAAUUUGGUUUGAUAUAUUUGAAUGUACACUUUAAAAAUCUAGGUAUUUUUUACUCAUCCGUCUCUGGCUGUACUUGGCAGAAAAAAAGACCAUAAGAUGUAUGCUGAAAAUGUAAGUUUUUAUAUUGAUGUUAUAAAAUGUAGAGGUAUACUUAAUCAGUUAGUUGAAACUUAUUUUCCAUCCAAAAAUACCUUUAAAAAAAAAACCCCUCUUACAUGUACAAUGUUGCAGGCUUUUAAUAAAACAAAAUAAAUAAUCAUGAUUGUUAGGCUCAAAUUAAUAGGGAAAAAGGAUGUGAAGUGGGAAGGGAAUGGAUAUUUAUGUUUCCUGCAUUUUGCCUAUUUGAUAUUCAAAUCGAAUCAUAGGUAGAGGCUGUUGGCCUGAUAUAAUAGACGAGUGAAACAAAACAAAAAACAGAUAUACAAAGAAGUUCACAAAUUACCCAAAGUUAAAAGGUAGUAUGUGACAGAACCAGAACAAAAACUCAGGUUUACUUAAAAGCAGAAGGAGCUCCUAGGGUGUUCCCUGCCAUGCCACCUCCCCCUAGAAGCUGUAGAUACAAUGGUAGAUAAAAUAUAGAUACAAAAAAAUUAAACACUAUGUGGUAAACCAAUUAGAUUCAACUGCAAUCUGUAUAAUGAUUUAUUUAGUGUUUAUUAUAGACUGCAUUUGCUAUAACCUGAAUAUAUAAUUUCAACUUGCCUGCUUUUCUAACCAAUGCAAAUUAUCCCAAAUAAUGUUAAUGAUUAUAUAAUAGCUGUAAUUGCUUCACUGUGACUUUUUUCAUAAAAAUAAUGAAAUAUUUAUAUGACUCAGGCAUAAUAUAUUUUCCCUGAGGUUGGGUUUAGAGGAAAAAUGCUAUUUUCCUUAUGGAUAAGUAAUUCCCAUAUUAGUUGCUAUUUAUUAUGACUCAAAAAUAAAAAGUACUUACUAUGAAACAUUAUGUUCAGAAUUAUAGUGAUUCUCACUUAUAGGAUUAUCCCAAGCUACCAAAAAUUUGUAAAAGUCUUAUGAGAUACAAAAGAUUUGGUUCAUCUACACAGUGUAUAUUUAUUUGCAUCACUUAAUGCAACUGCCACUACACUGUAACUAAUUUUUCAAGUUUCCUGAACAUCUGUAUUGUUAUUCUCCUUUCCGUCCCUUUCUUCUACAGAGAGAACAAGUGCCAUUGCUUUUGUCUUCUUCUUCUAGACUUUUGGCAUCCUUAGAAUAUUGUUCUCUUUAGCUCUGUUUCAGAUGGUGCACUUCUAAUGUCAUACAUCUUUCACAAAGUCACUCAUGCUGCAUCUAGUCCUAUAUAUUUGGUUUGCAGCAAUGACCAUAUUCCUGGAGUCAUCAGUGUAUACUUUUGGCUAAGACCACUCAUCUUCACCAGUAAGGGAACUCAUGUGACUGUAGGCUUGAGGUUUCCUGGAUAAGGAAGGUGCUUAUAUUAUAGAAGAUUUUUUGUUAUUAUGAAUCUUCCUUAUGCAUGAUAAAUCGAUAAUUGAAUAUGACUUUUAAGAAUCUAGAAAAAUCGAUCUUCCUGUCCUUGACAUUUACUAUUCUGGAUGUUUGUAACUCUCUUAAAGUGCCUGAAAUUUUGAGAAACAAAGCUUACCAUCACAGCAUAGCAUCAUUAUAUGUCAUCCUGUAGGCUUUUUCAAUGCAAUUACAUCACAGAUACAUCAUAACAACUAGAUUCUUGCCAUGACAAUUCACAAUACCAAAAAGCAUCAAAAUCAUUGAGAUAAAAAUUGAAAUUACAGUCUUUACUCAUCCUACUUAUUUUUUAGGUUUUGAUUUCUACAUAUUUAUGUGCACGAUCUCACAUUUGAGAAAUGCACUUAAAACAUGAAAAGCCCAAUUAUUAGUAAUUAAUUAUAAUGCUUGUAUAAUCAAAAUCACAAACUAUCUUUAUUGAUAGUUUUUAAAAAAUGAAUAAUUUGCUGAGUUCACAUUCUUUUCUGUAGUUCUGAUUUUCUCUUCUUUGUUAUCAAUUGUACACUUUAGGUUUUAAUGCUUCACAAGGUCCUAUGAUCUGGUCUAUCUUAGUCUUCUGCUUUGCCUUCACUUUAUUUCACUUAUGUUCAGUUCAUGAAAGAAUUAUUAUAGCAAUGAGAAUCAUAACUUUAGGUCUCUACUUUAAGAGGAAAAGGAAUAUUGCAAAAAGGAAUUUUUUACUCUAGUGGGACAUAUGAAAACUUUUAGACCAAAUUAUUUAUCCCAUCCCAACCCCAUGCUGUGUACAUUCCUCCCCUCCUUUUUUUCCUAUGAUUAUUUUUUAAAAUAAUUUUUAAAAAUUCUUUUUCUUUCAUCAUUUUUCAUAAUGUCUAGGCCAACUUCUUUAGCAUUUUUUAUCUAAUUAUGGACAUUUUUAGUGCAGCAUGUUUGUUUCUUUGGUGGGUUUAGUUAUAUUUCCACUACUUGCAUAAUCUCCAUGUUUUUCAGUCUUCAUAUGUACUUGUUAAUAAGGUGAGUAAUAUUCAGGAGUAUUUCAGUAGGCUAUGAUUCUGUGACCACAAAUUCAUUACCAUAUCAGCAAAUAUUUUUCUUCACAUGGUUAAAAAAAAUUUUUUUUUGUUUCAAAUUCAAAUAUGGCAAAAUAAGCUAGAGAGCUCUGUAUGAAAACAUUGGUAUUCAACAUUCUAUUAAGACAUAAGUCAAAAAGUUCUGUUCAGAUGAACAAAAGAAUGGGAUUCUUACUGCGUAUGAAUUUCAGGGUGAAAUUUUCAAACAUAUUCUAAGUGUUUUAUUCUGAGUUUUUAGUUGUUGUUUUACAUUUAUAUGCAUCUUAAAAAAAACGUUUUUAAGUUAGACUCAGUUUAUAUAACUUGUUCAUUCGAGUACAAGUUUCUGAUAUGUUAUUUAAUGGACUUUUUAUUUUUCUGCCACGUGCUUUCUAUUUCUAACUAAAGCAUGAAUAUUCCUGGAUUUAGUGAGAAAGGACAUGUAAACUAAAAUGUUUAUUUUCUAAGCAUUAGAUGUAAUUGUGUUUUGAUUUGUAUUGCAUUUUGGUUUUGAUAUAUUAAAGUUAGGUUUGUUAGAUAUCUGCAUUUUGACAGACUAAGACUAGAGCAGGUAAGGUCUUUGCCUAAACGUAUAUAUGUCCUCUGAGUAAAUGCAGACGUGGAAAUAGAACCAGGUCUUUUAACUUCUAACCCACUUUUUUCUCCAUUAGCCAUCCUAUUGGUAAUAGUGAACUUUAUAGGCUAAAUACAUAUUUUCGUGGAAACACAUAUUCUAACUUUACUUGAUAAAUCCUUUAUUUCCAAAAUGAAUACAUUUCUCCUAAUUGAAUCAUCCUUUGCAAAAUGACGUUUAUAAAUGUAAUUUGAAGAAUAUUUGCUGAUUCCCACAGCAGAUAAUUCUAAGUGAAUUGGACAUAAUAACUACUGGGAUGAAUGAUUUUGCACAAUAUCUGUUGUUAUAGCAAUAUGUAAGUCAUUAAAAUAAUACUCACCAGUAACUAGUUUAUAGAAUCCAUGUGUCCAUGUUCCAUUAAUUCCUUUUAUUUUGCUUAUGUUCAUAUUUUGUUUUAGAAGCAUCAUUCACUCACUUCUUUUCUAAAAGUAUAAUGCCAGAGCACAGUGUGCAAUACAAGUUUGCUAAAUUAUUAAUUUGCGAGAAAUUUUCGCUACUGUGUAACCUUGAGGAGAAGGGAACACCCCAACCAUAUUUAUUGAUCUAAGAAUCUGAGGAUGAGUUAAUAAAAUUAAUAGAAUAAAAUCUAUCUCAAAAAUUCUUGCUUUUUAAAUGGUCAUUUCACCUACUUAAACAAUUCUGAAAUCUACAACAGGUGUCUGGCAACAGUAAGACUACAGUUUCUUUUAUUUUAGAGAUACCAUCUACUUGCAGCCCCAUCUUAUCUAGAUCUUAUUUCUAGAUUUUUCCCUUUUGCUUUCAUUCAAAAAAAAAAAAAAAGAAAAACACUCCUAAAUAAAAUCCCUGGUGAAGGGAAAGAGUGGUUGCUAAUAGGAAUUCACUCUGUAAAAGUGUAAAAACAGGAAUCUGUACUCAGUAUUUGUUUGCUUAGUUCAUCAAGGAUAUUUACACUAAGAACAUACUUAAAUAAAAGUUUUGAUAAGCUGAUGUGUCACAGUAAACUUUUUCAUAAACAGGGCCUUAAACACAUUUACAGACAGUGACAUGUCUGGACGUGUUUGCUUAGAUUCAGCUAAACUGACAUCCAGAUGCUAAAUGUGCAUUGUCAUUGUGAUGGGGGGGAGUCUGUAGCUACAGUGAGUACAUCAACUUAAUAACAUAAGAUUCUUUCUUCGUAAUGAUGGUAAAAAUGGCAUUGCACAUUACUUAGAUAUUCGGCAUAGAAAUCCCUCUUUCGAAGAUGGAAGAGCAGGAUCUUUUCAAAUAUUUGCUAAACUUUUACAUUCUAUUUGAAGCUUUUUAUUUAAAAGCACGUUCCCCCAAAUAUUUUAAACGAGCAUGUUGGUUAACAUUUCCUAGAAUGAAUAAUUCCCCAUUUUUAAGGAAUUUUUGAAAACAUUUCAUUUACUCCUUAUAUUUCUUCAACACAUGUUUUUUCUUAUCCCAUUAUUACAUUUGGGCAAAUAUUAAAAGUAAGAUUAUUGGGAUAAAAGUUAUACAUAAUGACAUGUUUCUAAUAAGACAGACUAAGACAUUCCUUGGCAAUAGCUGAACCUAGAUAACUUUUGCAAGAAAUCUUUAGGGAUUGGAUUUAGGGGUUAAUCUAUAGAAUUUUUUUUUUAAUAUAAAUUAUAUUCUAGGCUGUAUUUUUAUGAUUUUUAAGUGAAAAAAAUUUAAACCUAAAUCAUCACUAUACAUAUUUCAUUUUCUUAAAAAAAUCAAAAAGCUAUAAAAUAAUUCAUAUAAAUGCCUGUCAAAGUUUAAAAAUAGAACCCUCUUCUUUUUGCCUUCUUACAGAUGAAUGUACUUAAAGUGACUGUAAUUUGAUCUUGGAAUAUAUAUUUAUGUCUGUACUUUUUGUACAUGUAGUAGUUCUGAACUGGGCAAAUAAAAUAUGUGGGACAAAAUUAACCAAAAAUGAAAGAACUGGUAUUUUCAUACAAAUAUGUAUUUUGUUUUUAAUGUAAAUAUAGUAUAGAUUUAUUUAAAUCAGGAAUAUAUUAUAUUGUUGAUCAUUUUAAAAGUUUAUUUAGUUCAAUAUGUUCCGACUUCAUUUUUAAGCAAGCUUGUUUGACUACUGAACCAUUUAUUGCCUAACUUUCAUUUACACUAUGAUGUUAUAUAGACAAAAUGUUUUAGAAAAAUCUCUAUUGUGGUUUUUAAGUUUCACUAUAUAACUAACUUGGAACCAAAUGUUGAAUUACUCUGUGGGAGUACAUAUUUUGCCUGUGGUUUUGAAUAUAUUUUCAAAUUCAUCUAUUUCUUACUAGACUGUGAGCUCCUUGUGGACAAGGAUAUUAUCUUAGUUAUAAUAACUUUAAUGCCUAGCAAAGUGCUAGGCACAAAAUAAUUCCUUAAUUGAAAUGAAUUGAUGGACCUAGAUUAUUAAAUGAAUACUACAGUAUUCUAUGAUGCAGACUGAAUAUAUAUUAGAAAAAUUCUCUGGCUAAUUUUCAAAGACUCAAUGUAUAUAAAGGGAAUUCUCUGGCUAAUUUUUAAAAAUUGGGAAAGCAAACAUGUAGCAUUUGCUUUAUCUUAAAAUUGAUACUCUGUUUUAAAGGUUUAUUUUUAUUUUAUCAGUAAACAUUCUAUGCAAAUGCUGAAAUAUGCAACAGCUAAACUUCAUGGUACAUAUUAACUAGUUUUAUUUUCUUUACAAAAUCAGAAAUGCUCAAUUUAGGCUUCCUGGAAAUAAAUGUUGACAAUCAUUUUAUUAACCAAAGGUGCUACUUAUUUUCCAAUAUUUACCUUGAUCAUAAGUGCUCCUGUCUGCUGAGCUUUAUUUCUUCCUUUCUGGAGGGAGUUGCAGGGAGAGGAGUGCAAAAAAAAUUACAUCUUUUUUGUCUGAAUUAUGCAAUUUAGCACUGUAUGUGUUCCUUUGUACUCUAUUAUUAUUGUAUUUUAAUUAUUAUUUCUUACUGCUCACUAAUUUUUAUUUCAGGCCUAGGCUGUUUCUUAGAAAGUAUAUGCAUGUAUAUUUAUAUAAUAUGUAAGAAAAAAACCUGUAUUGCUUAUUAACUUAAAAUUAAA